AUGCCGGAUGAGGAGAGAGUCAAAAGCCCUUACUUGGGAAUGUACUUCAUGGUUAGCGGAGGGGUUUAUCUGACACUCUACUCACUUUGUUUCCUCGCAAUGCUAACACGAGACCUCAUCCGCCAUCCUGCAUUCAAAUUGAUGGUUUGCUUGGCUAUCUUUGAUAUCCCAUCGGUUUUCAUUGACUCAAUGGCAACUGGAUACAUGGGAUUUAAUGGGAUCUAUUUCUGCGACUAUCCACGUCUCAUUAUCUUCCUUGGCGCCAAUGGUUUCGGUCUUUGGUUAGGUUGCUCUCUUUCUUGUAUCUCGCUCGCGGUGUGUCGGAUAAGUGAGCUGAACUCGAAUAUCAAGAUCCGUUGGAUUUUCAAGAGCCCCUACAUAUAUUUUCUUAUGAUCGCAUGUUUUCUAGCAGCAUUUUAUGGAGUGUUCUGGACAAAGCCACUCGUCUUCCGUCCUGAAUACAUGUCAUGGUUUUUCGACCCGGGCACCGGACUAGAUCCACAUUUCUACUACAAUUUGAAUCAACCAAUAAACAAUAUAAUAUUAACCAUUAUCACCCUAACACUUUACACCUAUCUUGUAUCAAUUCUGAUAAGAGAAGGAAGACAGAUCGGAUCGAAUCUCUUUUCCAAAACACAACGCCUAGUUGUUCUUCAAGCAGCUAUCAUUUGUUUCUUUCAUUCCAUUGGUUCUAUGAUUUAUGUCUACAUGCAAUUCUUCUAUUCCCCGGAAUGGCUCAUUGUCGCUGCUCAGAUGUGCUGGCAGAUUUGUACAGGAUCCGUCAGUAUAAUUUAUUUGUCUCUCAACCAGGCCAUUCGAUCGUCAGUUCGCCAGAUAAUUUGCCCGAAGAAGUUUCAACAAACAAAUCAAGUUUCCUACAUCUCGGAUCCUAACCAGAAUAGUAAUAUUUGA